AUGUCUACAUCUGCACCGACAACUCCCCAGCUACCGCUCAAAUCAGAUUUUCCCUCGUCUCUCACUGUCGACAUUAUCCCGCCUCCAUCAGGCUCACCAGUCAACGUCCUACUCCUGCUCCACGGUCUUGGAGAUACCAAUAAACCCUUCGCCCAGCUCGGCAAGAAUUUAAACCUGCCAGAGACAGUAGCCAUCUCGAUCCAAGGACUGAAUCCCAUCCCGCCUAUUUUUACGGGUUCCGACACCCCUGCGUUCCACUGGGGCGACGACGUCCUGGUCGAUGAAGGGCGAGGAGAGAUCGAGCUAGAUGCCGGGUUUAACGCCAGCACCAAAGUCCUGCUCGACGUGGUGAUUCGAGAUGUCUUGAUGAGCAAAUGCGGGUAUCCUGCGCGGAACAUCCUAUUCUUCGGCUUUGGACAAGGCGGGAUGGCAGCCGUGGGAGUCGCGCUGGCUGCUGCUCCGGAAACUGAAUUUGGCGGUCUAGUUAGUAUUGGAGGACGUGUACCCUCUGCUGCAUCUGGAGAUGCAAAGAGCAGGACCCCCGUGCUUGUAUGUGGCGGAAGCAGAAGCACGCAGAUUACCAGAAGUGCGGUGGAUUCGUUGAAGGGGAGGUUUAUUAAUAUGGAGUACGUGAAGUGGGACAAGCCGGAUGAUUCUAUGCCCAGGGACCGUGGGGAGAUGUUGCCAAUUAUGAAGUUUCUGGCGCGGAGGUUAAGGAGUAGAGCUGGUGUACCAGAGGGUGCUGUGGAAGUUUGA